GUGAAACGAACAAAGUCGUCAGAACAGAAUUUAUUAUCGGCUAAAUACACAGCAUUCGAAAUACACAAUCUACUGUAAAAAUAAUGAAAUUCGUGCCAUUUGAGUUCGUUGCAGUAAUCCUGCUUGCAACGGUUUGCGUUUGCAAUGCAGAAAGUGAAGGAAAGCUGAAAAUUGGUGUCAAAAAACGCGUCGAGAAUUGCACCGUACGUACCAAGAAAGGUGAUUUGGUGCACAUGCACUACACGGGAACCCUGGAAGACGGUACAGAAUUCGAUAGCAGCAUCCCUCGAGGUGAUCCGCUUACCUUCACACUCGGUAUGGGACAGGUAAUCAAAGGAUGGGAUCAAGGAUUGCUGAACAUGUGCGAAGGUGAAAAACGGAAGCUGGUUAUUCCCCCGGAAUUGGGAUACGGAGCGCACGGAGCUGGAGAGAAAAUUCCUCCCAAUUCCGUGCUGGUCUUUGAAGUUGAAUUGGUGAAAAUUGAACGUAAAACGGAACUGUAGUCAGUAAGUGAGCGAACCACUUGAUUUUAAAUAAAAGUUUUAUUUUGAUUUCA